AUGAACGGUACCAGCACUGGGAACUCGACUGACAUGUGCGUUAAUAUCGAUGACAGUGUUAUCAGCGACCUUCUGAUGAGCGUCUACAUCCUAGCCUUCAUCUUUGGCUUGAUCUUUAACGUCCUCACCCUGGGCCCCAUUUUGCAACAAGUGCGCAGGCAAAACGUGCUGGGCAUCUUCCUGCUCAGCCUGUUGUUUUCUGACAUCCUUUUCAUCUUCACCAUGCCCCUCUGGAUCAACUACUACCACCAGAACCACCAUUGGAAGCUGAGCGUCAUGUCGUGCAGCGUUGCCGGGUUCUUCUACUACUCCAACAUGUACAUCAGCAUCUACCUGCUUUGUUGCAUCUCUGUCGACCGCUGCUUGGUGGUCACGUACCCUCUUCGUUCCAAAACCCACCGAACGUUGUGCUGCACCUGGGUGCAGUGUAUUUGCGUCUACGUGGCCGUCAUGGUGUUACACAUCAUGGUUCUGUUCAAUGACAACCUGCCCGACGCCCACGACAGCCGAGACGACCGCUGUUAUGAGACCUACCCGAUGGAAAGUCCGGUGGCUUUGUUCAACCUGCUCCGGGUGGGCAUUGGUUUUUUGCUCCCCCUUUUGGUGCUGGUGGUCAGCUACUGGAGGGUGCUGACCACAGUGGGCCGCAGUCCAGGCCUGAGCGCCCAACUCAAGAAGAAGGUCCGCAUGUUGUCUUUCGGUGUAAUCGGGAUCUUCUCCGUUUGCUUUGCGCCAUACCACGUCCUGUUGCUGGUGCGCUCGCUCAUCUUCUACUGGAGUAACGACACGCAGCCUGAUGGCAGUUACUGCAAGUUUGAGCAGAAGAUGCAUUUCGCCUUCUCGUGCACGCUGGCCCUGUCCAGCCUCAACUCCGUGGUGGACCCCGUGCUCUACGUGCUGGUCAGCAAUGGCAUUCGGGAGGAAGUCAAAGUCUGCUGCAAAAGGUCUAAAAGGGAAGAGAUAGACGAGAGCGCUCUUUCCAGACGUAACACAGCAAAGUUGAAUCAUAACUUAUUAUAA